AUGCACCUGUUCGAGCUUCCUUUUCUGUGCCUUGGAGAUUGGCAAGAGGAGAUCUCGGAUCCUCCGUAUGCCCAGCUCUUGGCCUCGGACUGUGUGCAUUGCUUAGAUGAUUGCUCUUCGACUGCUUUACCUUGCAUCGGCCCGGGCAACAGACGUCGUAUUGAUUUCGGUCUGGGCAGUGGACAUAUCUAUGCCUCUGGCAUCACCCAUAGCGAGGGAGUCGGAGACCACACUGCUGUUUGCUACCACAUUGCGGGCUUUGACCUCCUUGCGGGUCUUCGCCUACCUCGCCGCCGGCCAUCGUCUUGCACAAUGAGGCGGAGGGACCAGGCUGCUGCCAUCGUCUCGGAUCUCGUGACCGCUCAGGCGGAGCAGGAGAAGACUCAACGGCUUGCUGAAUGGAGAUCUCGUAUGCGGGCCGAUGUGUCCCGUCAGUCUUCCUGGAUCAAGCGCCGGGCGGAGAUCGAGUUGGAGCGGACUGCAGCUGCGGCCAGCAGCCGAUGA